AUGACUGAGGUCACACCAGAGGAUUGGCUCAUGACUGAGGUCACACCAGAGGAUUGGGUCACGACUGAGGUCACACCAGAGGAUUGGGUCACGACUGAGGUCACACCAGAGGAUUGGGUCACGACUGAGGUCACACCAGAGGAUUGGCUCAUGACUGAGGUCACACCAGAGGAUUGGGUCAUGAAUGAGGUCACACCAGAGGAUUGGGUCAUGAAUGAGGUCACACCAGAGGAUUGGCUCAUGACUGAGGUCACACCAGAGGAUUGGGUCACGAAUGAGGUCACACCAGAGGAUUGGGUCAUGAAUGAGAUCACACCAGAGGAUUGGGUCAUGACUGAGGUCACACCAGAGGAUUGGCUCAUGACUGAGGUCACACCAGAGGAUUGGGUCAUGAAUGAGGUCACACCAGAGGAUUGGGUCAUGAAUGAGGUCACACCAGAGGAUUGGGUCAUGAAUGAGGUCACACCAGAGGAUUGGGUCAUGAAUGAGGUCACGCCAGCGUACAGGGGUCACCGUCCAGUAAGGUCAGAACAGAAUAAGGUCAGCUGCUAA